AUGGAGCCGUCUGAGGCGUGCGACCCUUACCGGCGGCCGGCCCGGCGGACCCAGUGGCUGGUGAGCGCGCUGGCGUACCACUACGGGCUGGACCGGGGCGUGGAGAACGAGAUCAUCGUGCUGGCCACGGGCUUGGAUCAGUACCUGCAGGAGAUCUUCCACCACCUGGACUGCGAGGGCGACGGCAAGAUCCCCGGGCAGGACUUCCAGGCCCUCUGCCGGGUGCUGGGGCUGCAGGAGGGCGGCGGCGAGGCGGCGGCCGAGCCCGAGGAGCUGGCCGGCCUCUGCGACGACCUGGCGCCCGAGCUGACCUUCCGCCAGUUCCACGCCAAGCUGUGCGGCUACUUCAGCACCAAGGCCGGCUGUCCGGCGGCGCCGGCGGGCGGCCAGGGCGGCCUGGGGGUGGCGCGCCUGCCGCUGGGCCAGGAGAGCGAGCACAUCGAGACCCAGAUCCGACUCCGCAGCCCGCUCCGCCGCCGCCGGGAGCAGAAGGCGGCGGGCGGCGCGGGACGCGGCGGCGCGGCGCACCAGAAGGGCGGCGGAACCCCCCGGGGCAGCGGCUCGUCGUCGUCGUCCUCCUCCUCCUCGUCGUCGUCUCCGCCGCCUUCUCCGCCCGCCUCGGGCCGCGACUGCCGGCGGCCGCCGGGCUCGUGCUCCCGGGAGUGCUACGAGGAGAUCGUGGCGCUGGAGCAGGCGGAGGACCGCAUCGUGAAACUCGAGGACGAAAACGCCAGCCUGCGCGAGCUGGUGGAGGAUAUGCGGGCGGCCGUGCAGAGCAGCGACGCCAGGUGCCUGGCGCUGCAGGUGGGACUGUGGAAGAGCCAUGCUCAUCAUAAGAAAAACGGGACCUGCUUUUUAGGCAACCGGAAACCAUUAACUAACAGCCAGUCCCAGACGUCCAAGUGCCUUCAAAGCGUUCUAAAGGAAGUUGAACUAAUCCGCAGUUCUAGGGAUGGACAAAUUGAAGAAGCAAUUAGGUUUAAUCAAGAACUGGAAAAAGAGCUGAGGAAUUCUCAUGAAGCUCUAGUCAACCUGGAAGACUGCAACCGCAGCCUGAAGAGGGAGCGAGCAGAAAUGAGGAGGAAGGUCGAAGAAGCGAGACACGCUGUCCUUAAUAGCCUUGAAAAAGUAAAGGAACUCGAAGUGAAAGCCCACAAAGUGCCGCAGUUGCAAAUAUAUAUCCAGCAGCUAGAAUCCGAGCUACAAUAUUAUAGGUCAAUAGUCUUAAAACUCCACCUUCCUUCCCAAGGCAGCUCAGAGCAGAAGACAAGUACAACAGUGGAUGGACAAUAUGCCUUAUCAGUUGUGCCACAAGACAGAAGUUCACCAACUGGUGGGACAGGGAUAACAGAGAAUGUGGAAGAUCAGAUGUUUCGUUCUGUGGAAGGCCAGGCUGCAUCUGAUGAAGAGGAAGAGAAAUGGACAGGAGACCAGCAAUCCCAGGUGGCUGAAGUGGAGAAACUCCUUGCCAACCUUCCCUGUUGCAGUAGCGGAUGCGAUGACCCAAUCAUGAAGAAGCUGAUGUCCUACUUUGUGAACACCAGUACGGAUGGCAGUGACAACACCAUUGUGGAACUGGUCAAGCGAGUCUCAAAGCUAACAGAACAACUUGAGAUGAAAGGCCAGGAAGCGAAAGCACUGGAAACAAAUAGGGAAGAAAUGAAAGGCCCUUUGCUAGGGGAACUGCAGCAGAAGGAGGAGGAGGCUGAAUUGCUGAAGAUGGAGUUGCAGAUGUUGGAGACAGAGAGAGUAAGGCUGUCACUGGUGGAAGAAAAGCUCUUGGAUAUUUUACAGCUACUUCAGCAACUUCGGGACCUGAAAAUAUCUAACCGUGCCUUGGGGAAAAUCUUACUGAGCACUUUGGAAUCCUGCUGUGACUCACAACAUGGAAAACCACAUAUUGAUGAAGUCUUAGAUACCCUCUACCAUGAACUGACUGCCUGUGAACUCAUUCGAAGCAAGCCUCUUGAGAAAGCUCCAGGUCCCAAAUCCUUGGCUAACCCUUUGGUUAUCUCCUGUUGAGCAACAGUGCCAUCUACAGUGUGUUAUGUUUAAUACUAUCAAGCUACAAAAACUGACGCAAAAGCACAGGGUGCCCUGCCAUCCAUGAGAUGUGUUGAACUCAAAAGCUGGAACAGCAAAAGAGAACUGAAGAAAUAUAAAAAGCUAUUUCAUACCGAUGGCCCAUGAAGUUCGGUAUAGUCAUCUGUAACUGGCAGCGGAUCUUGACCACGUUUCUCUAGGACCUAAGGCCCAGGUCUUUCUCAGGCCUUUUCCGUGAAUCCUAUUCACAUGCAGGUGCUUCGAGUUCAAACGUGAGACAUUAUGCAUACAACGCACAUGUUGUACCACUGAGCUCUGCCCCCUCACUCUGAAUACUUUACUUGAGUACAAUAUUCUUGAGAUGCUCUGUAAUUUUCCUUUUAAUUUCUAAGCAAGCCUUUAUUCAGGAGACUGCUCACUUCUCAUGAGAAUUAUUUAAUAAGUGGCAUUUUAAGCCUCUGUUACCAGUAUCAGAAAUAUACCAAUCAAAUGUAUGAAAAACAUGUUCCAACUUGCCUAUAGAACUUUACAUUCCUGAUCUUAGUAGGAGAGAUUAAUUUGUAUUUUGUUUAAUUAUCUGUUUCAAUGCAGCAGGGUGCCUUCCUUUGAGCAUCUAACUGGUGGGCAAAAAUGAUGCUCUUAACAUAAAAUGCAAAAAUAUGAGUGUAUAAUAAAAAAUAUAUAGCAAGGUUGCUGAUACCUU